GGCCGGGCGGCGUGUGCCGGUCCUGCUGCUCUCUGGCGUCGUAAUUAAGUGGAAAAGGGAAGGGAUAGAAAAGGGAACUGAUUUAAAAUAGCCCCCGAUCCCUCCGGGGGCCGGUUCCCUGUCGGUGCCAGUGCGGGGGGGCAGCGGGGCUCUGGUGCAGCCGCAGCCCGGGGGGCUUGGCCGCGAGAGGGGCGGGGGUCGCUGCCCUCGCUGCUCCCCUCGCCCGGGCUUGGGGCUUUUUUUGUGGGGAAGGGGCAGGAUGAGCUUGCGGAGUUUCGCUGGAAUUUCUCCUUCCUUUCUGAGGCGCUGCCGCUGCUGAAGCAGAUUUUUCCUUCCUCUCUUUUUUUUUUUUUUUUUUCUGAUGCAGAAUCCCAGUAGCUAGGCAGCCUCCCUCUUUUCUUUCCUUCCUUCCUUCCUUCCUUCCUUCCUUCCUUCCACCCCUUCGCUAUGUAGGAAGGGAGAGGCAUCAAUGGAAAGGCUGAAAUACGCGUAGAUGGACUUUCGGAUGCAUUUUUUCUUGAAAGAGGAAGAUAAAUCCCGCUUGCCAGUGCACUGACUUUUGUUGCUGUUGCAUCCCUUGGUAAAAAUGGGGUUCACUCACUCCAGCUGAAUCCUUGGAGCAUUCCAGAGAGUUGCUGCAGUGAAGGACUUAUCUUUAUUUUUUGUAUCAGAGGAGCUGCAUUGAUGUUAACCAUUUUUUUGUAAAAUGGAGAACGAGAUCUUCACACCCCUUCUGGAGCAGUUCAUGUCGAGCCCUCUUGUCACCUGGGUGAAGACAUUCGGACCUCUGGCUGGAGGAAAUGGGACCAACCUGGAGGAAUAUGUGGCGCUGGUGGAUGGAGUGUAUCUGAACGAAGUCAUGCUGCAAAUCAAUCCAAAGUCUGCUAAUCAGAGGAUAAACAAAAAAGUAAACAAUGAUGCAUCAUUAAGGAUUCAAAAUUUGUCCAUUUUGGUGAAACAAAUUAAAACUUACUAUCAGGAGACUUUGCAGCAGUUGAUCAUGAUGUCUUUGCCAAAUGUGCUAAUAAUUGGCAAAAAUCCUUUUUCUGAGCCAGGUACUGAAGAAGUAAAAAAGCUUCUCCUCCUUUUGCUUGGUUGUGCAGUUCAGUGUCAGAAAAAAGAAGAAUUUAUUGAAAGAAUCCAAAGUCUGGAUUUUGAUACCAGAGCAGCUGUUGCAGCCCAUAUUCAGGAGGUAACUCAUAAUCAGGAAAAUGUGUUUGACCUGCAGUGGAUGGAUGUCAUUGUGCUGACACAAGAGUAUGUUGAGCCUCUCCUGAAAAAUAUGGCAUUGCAUUUAAAAAGACUUAUAGAUGAAAGAGAUGAGCACUCAGAGACCAUCAUCGAGCUGUCGGAGGAGCGGGACUGUCUCCGUUUCCUGCCGCACGCGUCGGCGGCGCAGUCCCCGUGCGGCUCCCCCGGCAUGAAGCGCACCGAGAGCCGGCAGCACCUGAGCGUGGAGCUCGCCGACGCCAAGGCCAAGAUCAGGAGGCUUCGGCAGGAGCUUGAGGAAAAGACUGAGCAGCUGCUUGACUGUAAACAAGAACUGGAACAGAUGGAAUCUGAACUGAAGAGACUUCAGCAAGAGAACAUGAACCUGCUGUCGGACGCCCGCUCUGCCAGGGUGUACCGGGACGAGCUGGACGCGCUCCGGGAAAAGGCGAUCCGCGUGGACAAGCUGGAGAGCGAAGUCAGCCGCUACAAAGAGAGGCUCCAUGACAUUGAGUUCUACAAAGCCAGGGUGGAGGAGUUAAAGGAAGACAAUCAAGUGUUGCUGGAAACCAAGACAAUGUUGGAAGAUCAGUUAGAGGGAACCCGAGCCCGUUCAGACAAACUGCACGAGUUAGAAAAAGAGAAUUUACAGCUAAAAGCUAAACUGCAUGAUAUGGAGAUGGAGCGUGAUAUGGACAGAAAGAAAAUUGAGGAGCUCAUGGAGGAAAAUAUGACCCUAGAAAUGGCUCAGAAACAAAGUAUGGAUGAGUCUCUGCAUCUUGGCUGGGAGCUGGAGCAGAUAAACAGGACUACUGAACUUUCUGAAGUGCCCCAGAAAUCCCUGGGCCAUGAGGUGAAUGAGCUGACAUCCAGCAGGUUACUGAAGCUGGAAAUGGAAAACCAAAGUUUGCUGAAGACAGUGGAAGAGCUGCAGAGUGCAGUGGGAUCUGUGGAAGGCAGCAGUUCAAGGAUUCUGAAAAUGGAAAAAGAAAACCAAAGACUUAGCAAGAAGCUUGAAGAGCUGGAGAAUGAAAUUAGCCAAGAGAAACAAAGUCUUCAGAACAGUCAAAAUCAGAGUAAAGAUUUGAUGAAAGAAAAAGCACAGCUUGAAAAGACACUUGAAGCACUUCGAGAGAACUCCGAGCGACAAAUUAAACUCUUAGAACAAGAAAAUGAACACUUGAAUCAAACUGUGGCUUCUCUAAGGCAGCGCUCGCAAAUCAGUGCUGAGGCGAGAAUGAAAGAAAUUGAGAAGGAAAAUAAAAUCCUCCAUGAGUCUAUCAAAGAGACCAGCAGUAAGUUAAAUAAGAUGGAAUUUGAAAAAAAACAAGUCAGGAAAGAACUGGAGCACUACAAAGAGAAAGGAGAGAGGGCAGAAGAAUUAGAGAACGAGCUGCAUCGUCUGGAGAAGGAAAAUGAGUUAUUACAGAAGAAAAUCACCAACCUAAAAAUCACUUGUGAGAAAAUCGAGGCCUUAGAACAUGAGAACUCUGACCUGGAGACAGAGAACAGAAAGCUGAAAAAAACCUUGGAUAGCCUGAAAAACCUCACUUUUCAAUUGGAAUCCUUAGAAAAGGAGAAUUCCCAACUCGACGAAGAAAAUUUAGAGUUACGGAGGACAAUUGAGUCCUUGAAGUGUACAAGCAUUAAAGUGGCACAGUUACAAUUAGAAAAUAAGGAGCUGGAGAGUGAAAAGGAGCAGCUCAAAAAAAGCCUUGAGCUGAUGAAAGCCUCUUUUAAGAAGACUGAACGCUUGGAAGUCAGUUACCAAGGCCUGGACACGGAAAACCAAAGGCUUCAGAAAGCCCUGGAAAACAGCAAUAAGAAGAUUCAGCAAUUAGAGAGCGAAUUACAAGAUUUAGAGACUGAAAAUCAGACCCUGCAAAAGAACUUGGAAGAGUUAAAAAUCUCUAGUAAGCGCCUGGAGCAGUUGGAAAAGGAGAACAAGUUGUUAGAACAAGAGACUUCUCAACUGGAAAAGGAUAAGAAACAGCUGGAAAAGGAAAAUAAAAGGCUUCGACAGCAAGCAGAAAUUAAAGAUAGUACCUUAGAAGAAAAUAAUGUCAAAAUCAGUAAUCUGGAAAGGGAAAAUAAAUCUUUAUUUAAAGAAAUUGUUGUAUAUAAAGAGUCGUGUCUGCGCCUGAAAGAGCUGGAAAAGGAAAACAAAGAACUGGUGAAAAGAGCUACCAUUGAUAAGAAAACCCUGGUCACUUUGAGAGAGGACUUGGUGAAUGAGAAAUUGAAGACUCAACAGAUGAACAAUGAUCUAGAGAAACUGGCCCACGAGCUUGAAAAAAUUGGCUUGAACAAGGAGCGUCUCCUGCACGAUGAGCAGAGCAGCGAUGACAGGUACAAACUUUUGGAGUCCAAAUUAGAAUCCACGCUCAAGAAGUCUUUGGAAAUAAAAGAAGAAAAAUUGGAAAUAAAAGAAGAAAAAAUUGCUGCUUUGGAGGCUCGUUUGGAAGAAUCAACAAAUCUAAACCAGCAGCUGCGUCAGGAACUGAAAACAGUAAAGAAGAACUAUGAAGCUCUCAAGCAAAGGCAAGAAGAGGAAAGGAUGGUUCAGAAUUCUCCUCCAAGAAGUGGAGAAGAAAAUCAGUCUGUCAAUAAGUGGGAGAAAGAAAAUCAGGAGACUACUAGAGAAUUAUUGAAAGUUAAAGAUAGAUUAAUCGAGGUGGAGAGGAAUAACGCGACGCUGCAGGCGGAGAAGCAGGCGCUGAAAACGCAGCUCAAGCAGCUGGAGACACAGAACAACAACCUGCAGGCCCAGAUCCUGGCCCUGCAGAGACAGACUGUGUCCCUGCAGGAGCAAAACACAACUCUGCAAACUCAGAAUGCCAAGCUGCAGGUGGAGAACUCCACGCUCAACUCCCAGAGCACGUCCCUGAUGAACCAGAACGCGCAGCUGCUGAUCCAGCAGUCGGCCCUGGAGAACGAGAACGAGGCGGUGCUGAAGGAGCGCGAGGACCUGAAGGGGCUCUACGAGGCUCUGCUCAAGGACCACGAGCGCCUGGAGCAGCUGCACGAGCGCCAGGCCGCCGAGUACGAGUCGCUCAUCGCCAAGCACGGCAGCCUCAAGUCCGCGCACAAAAACCUGGAGGUGGAGCACAAGGACUUGGAGGACAGGUACAAUCAGUUGCUGAAACAGAAAGUGCAGCUGGAAGAACUGGAGAAGGUUCUCAAGACAGAGCAGGAUAAAAUGCUGCAGCAAAGUGAGAAACAUGAAACUGUGGCAGCAGAAUAUAAAAAACUUCGGGAUGAAAAUGAAAGGCUCACUCACACAUACAAUCAGCUCCUGAGGGAGAAUGAAGUGCUCCAAACUGACCACAAGAAUCUGAAAACAUUAUUGAACAAUUCCAAACUGGAACAAACACGGUUGGAAGCUGAGUUUUCCAAACUCAAAGAACAGUACCAGCAAUUGGAUAUUACAUCAACAAAGCUAAAUAAUCAGUGUGAGCUGCUCAGCCAACUUAAAGGAAACCUGGAGGAGGAGAACAGACACCUGCUGGAUCAAAUCCAGACCUUAAUGCUGCAGAACAGGACAUUACUGGAGCAGAACAUGGAAAGCAAGGAUCUCUUUCACGUAGAGCAAAGGCAGUACAUUGACAAACUGAAUGAACUGAGGCGGCAGAAGGAGAAACUGGAGGAGAAGAUAAUGGAUCAGUAUAAAUUUUACGAGCCAUCUCCACCGAGAAGAAGGGGCAACUGGAUCACCCUGAAGAUGAGGAAGCUGAUCAAGUCCAAGAAGGACGGGAACCGCGAGCGCCUCAAGUCGGUGACGCUGACGCCCACGCGCUCCGAGUCCAGCGAGGGAUUCCUGCAGCUGCCCCACCAGGACAGCCAGGACAGCUCCUCCGUGGGCUCCAACUCCCUGGAGGAUGGGCAGACCCUGGGCACCAAAAAGAGUAGUAUGGGUGCACUGAAAAGACUGCCCUUUUUGAGGAACAGACCGAAGGAAAAAGACAAAAUGAAGGCCUUCUACCGUCGCUCCAUGUCCAUGAAUGACCUGGUGCAGUCCAUGGUCCUGGCAGGAGGACAAUGGACAGGUAGUUCUGAGCAUCUGGAGGGUCCUGAUGAUAUAUCCACGGGUAAAAGGAGGAAGGAAUUGGGAGCUAUGGCCUUCUCUACUACAGCUAUCAACUUUGCCACUGUCAACUCCUCCACAGGCUUCAGAUCCAAGCAGUUGCUAAAUAAUAAAGAUACUACAUCCUUUGAAGAUGUAAGUCCACAAGGUAUUAGUGAUGAUUCUAGUACAGGAUCGAGAGUUCAUGCUUCCAGACCAGCCAGCCUUGAUAGUGGCAGGACAUCCACUAGCAAUAGCAAUAACAAUGCUUCACUCCAUGAAGUCAAAGCAGGUGCAGUGAACAGCCAGAGCAGGCCCCAGAGCCACAGCAGUGGGGAGUUCAGCCUGCUCCACGAGCACGAGGCCUGGUCCAGCAGCAGCAGCAGCCCCAUCCAGUACCUGAAGGGACACACCAGGUCCAGCCCCGUGCUCCAGCACAGGACGCCCGAGGCGCCGGAGAGUCGCGGCAAACAGACCAAAACGGGCUCCCCUGGCAGUGAAGUUGUCACCCUGCAGCAGUUCCUGGAGGAGAGCAACAAGAGUAACUCCAGUGAGAUGAAAUCUGCAAGCGAAGAGAACCUUUUAGAUGAAGUGAUGAGAAGCUUGUCGGAGUCUGCGGAGCUGGCAGGGAGGGAGAAGCUCCGAAAGCAGCCAGCGGCUGGCUGUGGCAUCGUGAGAUCCCUGAGUGUCAGGAACACGGUUGAUUUCUCAGAUGGACGAUCCCUCAAACCAGAACAGCUGGUAAGGCCCAGCCUCCGGAAGAACGAAGAUCUCUACUUCAGUAGCUCUCCAAUCAAAUUCACCCCCGGCGCCCAGGGCAAGGCCCGGUCCGUGAAAGAAAAGAUCCAAGCGACUGUGACCCAGCGACAAUCCAGGGACUGCAACCCCUACGCCACCUUACCUCGUGCCAGCAGCGUCAUUUCCACGGCAGAAGGAACCACCCGAAGGACAAGCAUCCAUGAUUUUUUGUCUAAGGACAGUAGGCCGCCCGUGUCCGUGGAUGCAGCCCCGGCUGACAGGAGCGCUCCGCCCGGCUCCAAUGUGGAAGCUAUCCCAGAAAGCAGAAAUUCAAAAAGCAGGUCUAGGGAGCAACAAAGCUCCUAAUUCUAUUACCCACUACCUGAGCUGUGGGCCAAGUGAGAGAAAAGUGUCCUUCAGUAUCUCAGUGUGAAGCCUUUAUAUCUGAAGUAACAAGACAGCGGCUGUAGGAAUCAUUAAUAAAAAUUAAGGGAAUUUUUUACAUUCUUCGUGACUAGAGCAGGCAAGAAAUAAAAACCUACCUACCUUCCUUCCUUCCUUGAAUCAAGGAGCUCUACUGGAGUCUGCUGCCGAAAAUGUGUAGAUGGUCUUAGGAAUUAUUGCACAUUGCACUGUUAAGAUCUACUGAAUAAAGGACAGUUCUCAUCUCCCUAAGGACCAAGGAUUUUAAGGUCUCAAGAAUUACUCCAGGGAAAAAAAAAACAAAACAAAACAAAACUUCUUUCAUCUUCUGUUUUUGAAAUUAGCCACUGAUUUGCUUAAGCUUCUGCUAAUAAUUAGCCAAAAACCCCCAAAACUAGCAGUUUCUAUUUCCGUCUGUAAAUCUAAAGGAAAUGCUGUAGAGUUUUGUUCAAAUGGACUGUAUAUACAGAUACAAAAACCUCACAGCUACUGGCACUUCACUGCCUUAUUUGGUUAGCAUAAUCUGCAUGAAAUUGCUCUUAAGAAAGUUUAUGCUGAUUUUUGUUGCGUACUGCAAGAGAAAAAUUUGUUUACAUCCAUGGAAAAGCUUGGUAACUAACAGAAGUGGGAGUCAUGGGAUAAUGGUGUCAUAGAGACAUUGUUUGUCCUUUGUGUUUUUCACAUUCCCGAGUUACUCUGCAUAUGUAUGUUCAGAUGUUUCUGACAGGAAACUGUCGGGUAUGGUUUUUCUAUAACUUUUAUUUUAAUAUAAGGCUGUUUUCCACAAAUGCCAUUUCCAGGAUAAGACUGUCUUACAAUGUUUGUGUAUUGACUAAUUUUUUUUUUAAUUUUUUUUUUUUUUUUUUCUCUUUGUCUUUUGUCAUGAGCUAAUUGUGGCUUAGGAGGUUUCUUGAUGGCAAAAAGAAAUGUAAAUAAUAUCAUAUGCAUUUUACAAUCAGUUCCCUUUAAGGUUAUCUUUUACUAGACACAUUUUGUUCAUUAUUGAUUUAUAUUAAAGUCAACAAAUGUUAUUGGUACGUUUGGUGGUUGCAUAUAUUUGUCUGGAAAGAUUUGCAGUGAGCUCAGAGGAAGUGGACAGGAACUGAGACCCAAAACGAGUGAUUUUAUUUUAUUAAAGCCAGUAAGCACAUUCCUGUAAAGGAAUUAAUGUAAAGGGUUGAGUUCCCUGUGUCACCUCUGUCCAUCAGGCAGGUGCACAAUGUCACCUGCAGCUUCCUCAGCAAAGGUGAGCCCUGCUGCUGAAGGCAGUUCCACAGAUUGGAAAGCUUGAAAAAGCUUUCCCAAAAGGGGAAAAUGGAGGUGUGCGCAAUAAGCUUUAGAAAAGGACAUUUUCUGUUUCUUUUCUUUGAAAUGAGUUUCUUCUGAAUGUUUCUUCAUGAUAAAAUGGGCUAAAAGAUCUAUACCGAGGGCGUGGUGGGUAUGACAGACAAUUCAAAUGCCAUAAAAAUGAGGCAAAUCUCUCUUAACUCUGAAUGACAGCGUGUUCAAGCUCAUUUCAGGGCCUGUGCCUGGGUUCUCCUCUCUCUCUGCUGACAGAGGACUGCAGCUCAAAGCCCCCAUCCAGAACCGUUUGUUACUGUUCCAGUGCGUGGCUUGAACCGAGAGAUUGGAAGUGCAGUGCCAAAUGCUGCCCGGACCCGAGCUGGUGGCUGUGUCUGGGGACGCUGUGGUGGCUCUGGCACACACUCCUGUGUGUGGAGCGCUGCUGGGCACACAUUACUGCCCUCCCCACAGCUGCCUGUGUCCUUUCCAUCACCCAGGGAUCCCUUCCCCUGCCCCUGACCAGCUCAGCCCUUCUCAAGCUGCCCGCUUGGCUUUGCACAGAGGUUCCGUGCGGCGCUCGAGUGGCUCUCUGUGCUCUGCUGCUUCCCCCUCUUCUUCCUUUCUCAGUCUUCCCAGUCUGUGCAUUAAAGGGAAGGAAAAAAGCAAAUUGAACUUGGGAGCUGCUCAGUUCCAGGGAUGCACAUGGCAGCUGUGGCCCCAUGGACACAGGAGCACACAAACCCCCUUUGUACCCCAGGAAUCCCAAACCCAGCACUGCCAGUUCCAGGUUACAAAGGAGGUUCUCAUGCCAUACAAUGGCUGUGUUCUAUUUACUUUUCUGAUAGUCUCUGAGGAUUUAGUAACAUUCCCAACACUUAUGAUUAUUAUUAUUAUUAUUAUUAUUAUUUCUAAAUUUUGUCCAGGACAUGAUGCAGCCUAACAAAGGAGCUCAUGUGUGAUUUUUAGGGGUAGCUGAUGAUGUAUAUGUAAAUAAUGCUUUGAUAUUAAUAAAACUGCCUUAAAGGAAUGUACCGAGGUGUGAAACAGAACUUAAAAAGCUCUUAUUUAAAACUGUAAUUUCCUUUACAUAUUAAUUUUUUUAAUGUUUGCCAUUGUAUACAUUUAUUAAUGAUGUUAUUAAAAUGCCAAACCAAAUAAUUUUUAUUCUUAUUUUGUGUGUGUAUAUUUAUACACACUUUUUCUGGAAACUGAUGUUACUGGAAGGGUAUUGGUGUCGUGGUGAUGUGUGCAGUGAUUAUUUCUUCUGGAAGGAAACUGAUAAAACUGUAGCAGAA